GUUGGGGACCAAGAACACUAUUGGAUCGUUUAUUUACACGUGCUUAUUUAAUUGACGAUUCAACAGUAUCAAGAUAUUCUGAAAUGAUAUUUCGUUUACGUAUGAAUCGUUUACGCGAUGAUCUACCGGUGCCAGUCAAAGUAGAAUAUUUUUGUUUACAACAAAAUGAACUACAAAAUUUCACGUUAUCAUCUUCUCAGUCAAAUGUUAACAUAAACCAAACAAAGCAAAUGGGCUUUUUCAACCACAACUGUACAUAUAAUAGGACGUCUAAACUGACUUCGUGUAUUCCACUACAGAAUUCUGUGAAAUCAAAUCAAUUUAUUCCAACUACUUGUGCCUGGCAUAAUGGUUUUGAUUUUCCACCGGAUGUUGAAUUAUCGAAUAACAUUUGCAACAAUGUUGUUCUGAAAGUGGAUUAUAA